UGACGCAAAUGACAAUUUUUAGCAUAAAAUUUAGUCAUUUGCCUCGCACAUUUGUUAAUUUGCGAGGCAAAUGACUCUAGAAUGCUCCCAGAGUCAGUUGCGUCGCAGAUUAACAAAACUGCGAGGCAAAUGACUCAAUCAAGUGCGUCGCAGUUUUUUAAUAUGGCGACGCAAAGGACUAGUCCAUCCUCAAAGAUUAUACUGCAUCGCAGCUUUUUAAUAUGGCGACGCAAUGAUACCCUAAAAUUCCUAAAAAUUAAUUCAUUUCCUCACAGAGGGUUUCCGCCUCCUCCCUCCAUACAUCUCUUUCUCUCUCAUCCUCCUUUUUCUAGAUCUCCUGUUUGAAACCCACCCUAACCACAACACCACUAUCCCGCUUCCCUUCAAAGGCUCCAAUACCUUGUUCUCUGUCUCCUCCGAAACUCUAAUCAAUGGAAAUCUAAGCUGUGCGAAAAUGGCAAGAACUGGAAAAAUUCUAGGUCCCGGCGCGACGAAGAAGGCUACAUCUCGAAGAAUUAAUGUUCGUUUGCAGUUUCCGUUGGGUAUUAUUGUUUAAUUUUUGAACGCUGAGUAAUAUGCUGAACAUGUUGGUGCUGGAGCUCUCGUUUACUCCGCCGCCAUCCAUGAUUACCUUCCUGCUGAGUGCUACAUCUAACAGCAUAUUAGAUCGAGCGAUUGAUUCGGAGGAAGCUCAGCAUCAUGACUUUCUCAGGCUGGAGCAUAUUGAAGGAUAUCAUGAAUUGUCUGCAAAAACCAAGAUAUACUUCUCCACAGCUGUUGCAAAAUGGGAUGCUGAUUUUUAUGUCAAGGUGGAUGACGAUGUACAUUUAAAUUUAGGUGUUUUUGCGUCAACUCUUGCUCAUUAUCGAUCAAAACCAAGAGUGUAUAUUGGAUGUAUGAAAUCUGGACCCGUUCUGGCUGAUAAGAAUGUUAAAUACCAUGAACCAGAAUUCUGGAAGUUUGGGGAAGAUGGAAACAAGUACUUCCGCCAUGCAACUGGGCAGAUCUAUGCCAUCUCCAAAGAUUUGGCAACAUAUAUUUCUAUAAAUCAGGUCUCAUCUCAUUUGCGUUAACUAUAUUCACACCUUAACCAAAAUGUUUCUUUAGAUGGAACCGCUUUGCUAGUGGAUGAUUUCGUGAAGGUUGGUUUUCUACUCACGAUCUGUACACCAAAACCAAUUUGAUUGACAUACUAAAUGCACUUUUCUCAUCACUUGCUACGCCUUGGCCAUGAUUGUUGGGACGUUGCUCGAUACUACACUAGAAGCAAGGGAAACACUAGAAGAUUCUGGGCAGCAACUAAUUUUUUUUUUUUGUUGGGUGUCAAGAGAAACCGUUAGAUGGAAUACAUUGUUGUAGAUAUUUCAAGCUUUUGUAUUGUAAGAUUUAUGAAGGUACUGCCUUUACGUAUUUAGUCUUAUUGAUU